AUGAUUCGCAAUUUUCUCGUCGGGAUCUCUAGGGUCAAAGAUAUGACCAUUUCCUCGACUACUCUUGAGGUAAUUUAUGAUUACUCAAGAUGUGAACCACUGCCCUUAUUCCGUAAGCUAUCGUUCUUGCGUGUUGAUUUCGACGGUUACAAUUGGGAAAUGUUGCCAAUCUUUCUUCAGAGCUGUCCGAAUCUAAAAUCUCUUGUCGUGGGAUAUACUAGAUCAGGAGAAAGAGGGAAGUUAUAUUUUGCCUGA